GAGUUCACUCCCUCCAGAAGGUGGCAGUAGCGCCUCACCAGCUGCCGUUAAACGAUCAUAGAAGAAGAAGACAAACCAUCGGGCGGGUUUAGUUUGGGCUGUUGUUGAUGUUUCCGAAAGGAUAACCUCUCAGAAUAAACGAUGCAUCAGUGGGACUUGUCUCCGUUCACAGUGACUCCAGCUGCCAGCCUGUUGGCCAGAUGUGUCUCCAGAGAUAUUUUGUCUCAGGAGGAAAUAGACUCCGCCUCCUCCAGGCUGAGCCCCGUCUUCUCCAAUCACCUGCACGAGGCUGAACAGCGAAUCAGAACGCGGAGACGGCUGGAUCAGCUGCAGCUUGAGAUGGAUCUGCUGAAGAUGGAGAAGAAGAGCGCCGACGUCACACACAGUUUCUACCUCUCUCGGAGGUUCCAGAUGUUGCAGAUGUUCUGCAGCCACCUGCAGGACCUCCUGAAGGAACAGAACAGCCUGAGGCAGCGACUGAUGAAACCGCUGGGUCGCACCAACCUGCCCGUUCAUGCUCACCUGCAAAGGUUUGUGGUGGACGUGGUGAAGAUGCUGUUGGACUUUAUCGAGACUCUGGAGGAGAAGCUCACGGUGGUCCGCUGCAGCCCCACCGCCAUCGACCGCCUCGCUCAGCUGAACACCUCCCUCACUCAGUUACUGGCUCACGUGGCGGAUGUGGAGAGUUUGUCCAAUCAGGUUCUCCAGAGGAGGGAGGUGCACAGCAGCAAGCAGAGUGACAGCUCUACAGGAUGACCCCUCCUCCUCCUCCGCCUCCUCCUAUCUGAUAAACACAGACACCUUAACAUGGACACUGUUUACGAGUUAUUGAUAUUUUUGUGUCAAAUAUUGCUUUUUGUUUUAUGUAAUAAAAUCUUAUGUUGGUAGAAACUUUUCAACAGCG